CCGUCAUGAGGGCGAGCUUCUCUUUCCACUCUUUUCGUUUCCUCUUGGAUUCUUCAUGUCGUUUCUCCUUCUCGGCUGCCUUUCGCAUCUUCUUCUUAAUCUUGUACCUCCUUGCUUUCUCGGCAUUUUUCAGUGCCGACUUUGACAUCGGCCCCGGGGCUUCAUCCUCUUCCUCAUCGUCGCUCUCAUUCUCCUCCUCGGAUCUAUUGACAUUCUGACCGGCAUCCCCGGAUUUGUCCACCUUGCCAUCCUCCACUGAGGAUUUGUCUACCUUCGGACCCUCAUCCCCUGACCUGCCACCUUCGGCAUCCAUGGGCAAAACUUCACCCUCUUCCACGUCCUCCGCCUCGACGACCUUCGCAGCGCCAUUCUCAACGGCCUUCGAUUUCUUCCCCACCUUCGUGUGCCCGUUUUUCCCCGUGGCCAGAGCCUUUGUUUUCUCCAUACCUGCAAUUACCAUCGCCUAACCUCUUAAACCCUCAGCCUACUCUCAAAGCGAAAACAAAGCCUUCUCUUCUUGCUCGUUCCAGCCCUCCUCCUCCCCUAUAACGCACCAGUCACUCC